CACAUUCACUUUUCUCAUCACGAAUUCAAAUUCUAACCCUAAAUUCCCAAUCACAAAAUUUCAAUCGAAAAUGUCAGGUCGUGGUAAGGGUGGUAAGGGACUAGGAAAGGGAGGUGCAAAGAGGCACAGGAAGGUGUUGCGAGACAACAUCCAAGGUAUCACCAAGCCAGCGAUCCGUAGAUUGGCGAGAAGAGGAGGUGUGAAGAGAAUCAGCGGUUUGAUCUAUGAAGAAACAAGAGGUGUCUUGAAGAUCUUUUUGGAGAAUGUGAUUCGUGAUGCUGUUACAUAUACCGAACACGCUAGGAGGAAGACGGUUACAGCUAUGGAUGUUGUUUACGCUCUCAAGAGACAGGGAAGAACCUUGUACGGAUUUGGAGGUUGAAGAAUGUACAAGAAGAAGAAGUUCUCUUAUGCUUUUUCUUAUUGACUAUGUGUAAUUUGAAUAUGUGAAUUUUCUUUAGAGGUUUAUGAUGGUCAUUAGGAUUAUCAUGUGCUUUUAUAAUGCUGAAUGAGAUUGAUGUAUAUUCAGUUUACCCCUAAAUUUAAAGAUGAAAUCAAAAUGAAGGAGUUAUUUUUAUGGCUAA